AUGAAAGAGGGAAAAGGAAGGGAAAUGUUGUUUGAAACCGAGUCUGGAGACAUAAUGGAUAGGGUGCGUUUUGAGGGUAUGCGUCCAAAUCAUAAGAUACAUUCUUUUGUUAUUGAUUGUUGGGCUGUUGUUCUUAAUUUUGAAGAAGAAAAUCUGAGAAACAAAAAAUCACCACCACGUGUCUUCAACACUCAAAUUAUGAAAAAUUAUUGGAUUCUUCAAUACCUUUUGUCGAAAGAUUCCGACUUUUUGAUGAGGAUGUGUUUUCUAAUACACAAUCAUGGUCAUUUUUAUGGUCUUAUUUUCAACCUUACAAAUCCAGAACAUAUAAUCAUUGACAGCAUAAGAUACACCAAAAAAGUAGAAGAUAUCUAUGGAGAGAUUCCUAAACUUGUGCCAAAGAAAAUGAAAAUGGCAUGGCAAACAAAAGCUAAGACAAAUGAUGAUGGUAUAUUUUUGAUGAGGCACAUGGAAAAAUACAUGGGUGAGAAAGAAGAAAAGUGGGAUGUGGAACUGGGAGAAGACAGUGUUAGGACAUCUAAGAAGAUUGCAAAGUUGCGUACAUUUUACGUUGCAAAGCUAGCAAACCAUCAAAUUAACAAGCAGAUAAAAUUGAAUGUUGAAGAAGCAUUGGAAUUUUCAAAACUUGAUAAGAAAACUAGGUGUAUGUUAGUGAAAGAAGGGAGUGAAGCAAGAGACAAGCUGGAAAUGAAGAAAGUUUGA